AUGGCGGGUACCAGGGCCAACCGUGUAAAAAUGGGGUCGCUGGAGGUGGCGCUUAGCCUCGGUGAGAACAGGGUCCAGGACCCCGGGUGGCUCCUCAUAAAACAGCACUGGCAAACCCUUGCCCCGUUGCUUUGGCCUGAGGGCCAGACGGGUGCAAUGAUGCACAGGGCCUGGGAGCUAUCAUGGGAAAAGAUGUGCCGGAGCAAGGAACCUUGGCGGAUUGUCGCUGGCCCUAUUAUGGCCAUGCAAGCGUACCUCAGAGAGCUGGCAAUUGAAGCCCCCUCCUUACAGGUCUGGAGGUUCGGUGCGCUCAGUGUUCAACCUGGCCCGGGGCGUGAGCAACAGCUCCUCGUGGAGGAGGCCCUCCACAGGAGGUACACCGAAGCGCAGUGUCGGGCCGUCGCGGCAACAACGUCCGCCCGAGGGGCCGACGGAGGAUUGGACUGGACAGUCGCCCGUAGACUGCUUAAGAAGCAUCACGGUAGGCCCAGACUCUGUGGGGGCCUCAGGUCCGUCUGGCAAGGGGGUUUCUAUACCAGCGACAAGUCCAAGCAGCUGUGCCCAGAAUGCAAAGAGGAGGCUGACCUCCCGCACAUACUGAUCCAUUGCAAAUGGUGGGCACGGCAAGUGGAUGCCCCAGCCCUCCCUACGUGUGGGGAGUCCAUUCGCGCGGAGGUUAGUCAAUUUCCCUGUUUCUUUGACAGAGGUCUCGUCCCAUCCGCACUUACCAGCCACCCAAUGCCUCCUGAAGGUUCGAUGGGCAUUAGAGCAACAGGAGUGUUCUGCUCACCUCCGGUUGCUGGCCUGUGGUUUGGUACGGAUGCCAGUGGCGGCCAGGCGUCCAGCGACCCCCGGUGUUGUAUGGUGGCCUGGGCAGUCAUCGCGGGCGACUGGUGUGCCGAAACGGAGCAAUUUCACGUGCGAGGAACCCUGUCCGGGGUCCUAGGGAAUGGCUUCUCCAUAGCGCAGGGCGAGGCCUGUGCCCUAGCCAAGCUGCUGGAGUACACUCAGGACGAGGUGCUCGUGGCAGCGGAUUCCAAGGCAGCCAUCCGUCAGUCUAAGUUUGCUGAGCUCAGCCGCUCAUGCCUCCACUCCUGGGGGGCGCAAUGGGAGGAGCGACGUAGACUAACCACAGUCUGGACGCGCAGCCACCGAAGCCUGGAACAGUUUGUGGCGGAGUUUGGGCGGUCCAAUCUCUGGGCAUGGUUCGCCAACCAGCGUGCGGAUGCCCUGUGCGGGUCCCGGGCUGAGGAGUGCCUCAGCUGGGCACAUGUUGAGAAAGUCAAACGCCUGGACGCAGCAGCAGCCCAGUGGCAGCAGGCAUUGGGCCGCCGUGCCCAUUUCAUCUUCGGCCACGACGAGGUGCACCCGUGCGCACCGCCAAAAGAUGCGUCCAGGCGCGAGAAAAAGAAAGAGUGGCCCAAAGCCCGUAAAGUACGAUGCACCGUCGUGAAACUGCCCACGAAGCAGGCCCCCCUCAACAAAAAGAGGAGGUUGCAGCAGGCAGCUGAAGGAAAGGAGUCAGGGCACGCCUGGACCUUCAAACAGCACCCCACUAAUUCCUCUAUCCAGUGUGAGGUUUGUGGGUUGUAUGCACAGCAAGUUCACCCUGUGGCCACCCUUGAUAGGAUUAUUGCUACGCCGUGCAUCAAUUUGGGCGCGGGCGAUAAGGUUUUUGCACGUUUUUGGGACUGCCGCCCAUCCCAUCGCAUGGUUUCGUUAGGAAAAGUGUGGAAGUGCGAAAAAUGCCACGGCCAACAAAAACCAGGGCAGGACCCCUUGUCAAGAAUCUUAGGGGUUGAGUGCAAGGGCGCUAGUCGUGUUAAGGGCUCCACCAAGCUGGUUCCUGUCCCCAAGUCCCAAUGCCUUCUCAGUUUCCAGGCGGUGAACCCCAGUGUUUCGUCCGCAGCCGUUGCCACAGGGAAGGUAGCCGGUAGCCGUAAGCGACGACGCCACGCACCCUUCGGAGGAAGGUUUUCAGCCAGUCCUCCGACGUACUCCCCCGCCUAA